AUGGCGGCCUGUUAUGCAAGGAGAAGGUUGUUCUCAAAAUUAUUCAAUUUUCGACGGAAAUACCCACUCUGUUUUUGCUCAAACUACUCAUCGAACAGUAGCCAAAGCAAUGCUCAAUAUUGCAUUCAAAUCGUAAGGCGAAUGGACUAUGAAAACUUCCUUUGUACUCUUCUUAUUCCAAAGAAGUUUCAGAAAUCUGCGUUUGCUGUUCGUGCAUUUAACGUGGAAUUAGCGCAGAUCAGGGACGCUGUAAAUGAUAAACAGAUUGGUAAAGCCAGGAUGCUGUUCUGGAGAGAUUGCCUUGAGCAAGUUUACAAGGGUCAACCUCCACAACAUCCUGUUGCAAUGGCAUURACUGAAGCAGUUGAAAAGCAUAACUUAUCAAAAAGAUGGUUUACAAGACUAAUAGAUGCAAGAGAAACUAACCUUGAAGACAAACCUCAUCAAGAUAUCAAAAGCUUAGAGGACUACAAUGAAAACUCUGUGUCUUCUGUCCUAUAUCUUAUAUUAGAGUCAUCAGGAAUAAAAGAUGUCCAUGCUGACCACGCUGCUAGUCAUAUUGGAAAAGCUAUUGGAAUUGUUACACUUUUAAGAGCUGCUCCAUAUCUUGCUAACCAACGAAAAGUCUAUAUUCCAAGUGACAUACUUAUCAAGCAUGAAGUGUCACAUCAAGAUGUAAUUCGUGGUAAUGCUUCACAGAGUUUAAAGGACGUUGUCUAUGAACUUGCUAGUACUGCCAACACUCACAUGUCUACUGCGAGAUCCUUCCAAUCCAAAGUACCAAAGGCAGCAAUCAAGACCUUACUACCUGGUGUUUCCUGUCAGAACUAUCUCGACAAGGUCCAGAAGGCAGACUUCAAUAUGUUUGAUAAUUCAUUAAGGGAAAGAAAUAAUUUAUUACCAUUGCAACUUUUAAAGCAAGUAUUAAAAGGCAAAUAUUAAAAUUGAGGAGAAAAAAA